AUGAGUUUAACACCCAUCACAUUUUUUACUUUACAGCAGGACAAGUGGCACCCGCUGCUCACCACUGUGGCCAACGCGCAGAAGUACCGGUGGCUGAAGCACAGCGUCCAGGGCAUCUUCUCUCAGUCCAGCCUCAUGGCCACCAUCGUGGAGUUUGCACUAAAAGAGGAGCCGCUGGACGUGGAGAAGAUGAGGAAGUGUCUCCUCAAACAGCUGGAGAGGGCGGAGGUGAGGCUGGAGGGCAUCGACACCAUGCUGAAGUUAGCCUCCAGAGACUUCCUGCUGCCCUCCGUGCAGUACGCCAUGUUCUGCGGCUGGCAGAGGGUCAUACCAGAGGGGACCAACAUCGGAGAGCCGCUGUCUGACUGCCUGAAGGACGUGGAUCUGAUCCCCCCCUUCAACCGCAUGCUUCUGGAGGUCACCUUCGGAAAGCUGUAUUCCUGGGCCAUCCACAACGUCCGCAACGUCCUGCUGGAGGCCGGCGGCCGCUUCAAAGAGCUCGGAGUGCAGCCUGUCCCCCUGCAGACCAUCACCAACGAGAACCCGGCAGGCCCGAGUCUCGGCACCAUUCCUCAGGCCCGCUUCCUCCUGGCUAUGAUCCACAUGCUGUCCCUGAAACACGGCUCCAACAGCCUCAGCCUCUUACUCAACUCUGGCCUACUGGCCCUCACACAGAGCAUACUCCGGCUCAUAGGGCCCAGCACAGACAGCAGUGAGGAGGAUCUGAGUGUUUGUGCUCACGGAGGAUCAGCCACAGUCUUGGAGGAGUCCAGGAAGGAGACGGCCCCGACCCCCCUCCCUGCCUCGGGCCCUGAGCUGGCUGCCAUGAUGAAGAUUGGCACCAGGGUCAUGAGGGGGGUGGACUGGAAAUGGGGAGAUCAGGACGGUCCGGCUCCAGGUCUGGGUCGGGUCAUCGGGGAGCUCGGAGAGGACGGCUGGAUCCGAGUCCAGUGGGACACGAGCAGCACCAACUCCUACAGGAUGGGCAAAGAGGGCAAAUACGACCUGAAGCUGGCAGAGCCCCCCCCAGCGGCUCAGCCCCCGACGGAGGACUCGGACACAGAGGACGACACAGAAGUGGAGUUGAUUGAGAAGAGCAGCCACCCGACGGCCAUGAUGCUGAACAGCACGGUGAACCUGCUGAAGACCCUCUCUCUGACGGCUGGGAUCCAUGCCGAGGUUCUGCAGAACGACGCCACGCGGACCCUCUGUGGGCUGCUCCGUAUGCUGGUGGAGAGCGGAGCCAACGACAAGUCAGGAUGCCACUCCCACAGGCUGGUGUCCCGGGAGCAGCACCGCAGCUGGUCCACGCUGGGCUUCAUCCGCAGCAUCGCUCUGAUGCCCCAGAUGUGCAGCACGCUCAGCACCUCCGCAUGGAUCGGCCUGCUCAUCCGCAUCGUGGAGGGACACCAGUCCUUCAACGGCGUCACUCUGCAGAGACAGGUGGGAACACUACCACGA